AUGUUUAACUUCGAAGGUCUCGUCCCUUAUACAACAAUUAUUGCGCUUCAGUUGUCCGAUAGUCGCAUCUACUAUUUAGAAACCCGUCAGAUACAUGGUGAUGUAAUGCUGUAACAACAUAAGGUAGCAAGAGAUAAAUACGACAGAUAAACGUCCCCGCUCCGUCCUCCCAAUGCUCUUGCUAUACUGGCACCUCAACCCCUGCCAUCAAUGAACUUUACCAAAGGUAAAAGGAAGAAAAUAUAUUUCAUCAAGCGACAAGAACGACUGUUAGGUGGAAGUCAACCCGCUCUUCAUGACGCUCUGUAACUUGCGACCGUUCAACUCAGCACCACUAUCUCUAUCGUCUAUUAAGACCUCAUUUGUACCGCGCCGUAAUUUAUUCCCGAUCCUCAAGUAUUAUAGCAAAAUCAUCUCUUCACAAGAUUGCCAGGGUUCCGGUGUAAGGUCUUUCGCCAUGAGUACUGAACCAGCGCCGAUGCCAAAGAUGCUGUACGGAACGGCCUGGAAAGAGGAAAAAACGAGUGAAUAUGUCUAUAAGGCUCUGAAAGCCGGGUUCCGAGGAAUCGAUACCGCAGCUCAACCCCUUCACUACAAAGAGCCUCUCGUUGGUGCAGCUGUGAGACAGGCAAUAGCAGAAGGCAUCGUGAAGCGGAGCGAUCUAUUUUUACAAACAAAGUUUACUCCUUUAAGUGGCCAGGAUCUAGGAGAUCUCCCUUACGAUGCGUCGGCGCCGGUAGUGGAGCAAGUCCACUCCUCUAUAGCUUACUCGCUUCGAAACUUUCAUUGUGUAGAUUCCGAGGAGCCAUAUAUCGAUAGCUUAGUCCUACACUCGCCACUUGGUACCUUCGAAGACACGAUGACGGUGUGGAAGACGCUUGAGAUGUAUGUACCGCAUCAAAUUAGACAAUUAGGAAUAUCCAAUGCGUCUAUUCGGUACGUUAACUGGCUAUGUACUCUGCCUGAGAUCACCGUUCGCCCGGCUUGCGUACAGCAUCGAUUUUAUGCGGCCAAUUUAUGGGAGAGGGAUCUACGAGCAUACUUGCGUCAAGAGGGCAUCGUUUUCCAGGCAUAUUGGGUCCUAUCUGGAAAUCCACUUCUGUACACUUUUCCACCCUUACAACGAGUCGCCGCUCAUGCUGGCGUCGAAUUGCCGAUCGCAUUGUAUUCGCUCGUACUCGGCCUCGGAGGUACGGCGGUUCUCGACGGAACUACAAAAGAAGCACACAUGAAAGAAGAUCUAGAGGGCACUCAGUUCGUAGAGGAAUGGGCAUCGAGUGAACGAGGUCGGGACAUCUGGUCAGAGUGUUUGGAUCAGUUCAAGGUGUUCAUCGGGGAACAUGAGUAGGAUGAUGUUUAUCCGUGGGGAAGGCCGGUUGUCAGAGCCUCAGGGAGACCCUCAAGAAGAAACCCGACUUCAUGUAGUGUGGAAGCUAGGAGUGCUCUGGACUUCUAAUUGAUUCUUGGGUUGAAUAAUUAGUAGCGUGAUAUUGAUUGCACAGGUCUAAGAGGCUAAGACUUUGAAAAGGGCUGACCUAGUAAUACUGAUAAUUGGAAUUCACAUUAUCUAGGUACUAGCAACUACAAUUACCAAAACCACCUUGACUUCGG